AAUGAGCGUCCAAAAGAAGUAUCUGGAGGGAGAUUUUGUCUUCCCUCCUACGGACCCUGCUGGAGCCCCAGCUCAGAUCAGCCCUCUGUCAGCAAUGAAUGCUUCGUGCUGCCUGCCGUCUGUUCAGCCAACGCUACCUAAUGGCUCGGAGCACCUCCAAGCCCCUUUCUUCAGCAACCAGAGCAGCAGCCCGUUCUGUGAGCAGGUCUUCAUCAAGCCGGAGGUUUUCCUGGCCCUGGGCAUCGUCAGUCUGCUGGAAAACAUCCUGGUUCUCCUGGCCGUGGUCAGGAACGGCAACCUGCACUCCCCAAUGUACUUCUUCUUCUGCAGCCUGGCGGUGGCCGACAUGCUGGUGAGCCUGUCCAAUGCCCUGGAGACCAUCAUGAUCGCCAUUGUCCACAGCAACUACCUGAUCUUGGAGGAUCAGUUUAUCCAGCACAUGGACAACAUCUUCGACUCCAUGACCUGCAUCUCCCUGGUGGCCUCCAUCUGCAACCUCCUGGCCAUCGCUGUCGACAGGUACGUCACCAUCUUUUACGCGCUCCGCUACCACAGCAUCAUGACCGUGAGGAAGGCCCUCACUUUGAUCGUGGCCAUCUGGGUCGGCUGCGGCAUCUGUGGCGUGGUGUUCAUUGUCUACUCGGAGAGCAAGAUGGUCAUCGUGUGCCUCAUCACCAUGUUCUUCGCCAUGAUGCUCCUCAUGGGCACCCUCUACGUGCACAUGUUCCUCUUUGCGCGGCUGCAUGUCAAGCGCAUAGCAGCACUGCCACCUGCCGACGGGGUGGCCCCACAGCAACACUCAUGCAUGAAGGGGGCAGUCACCAUCACCAUCCUCUUGGGGGUGUUCAUCUUCUGCUGGGCCCCCUUCUUCCUCCACCUGGUCCUCAUCAUCACCUGCCCCACCAACCCCUACUGCAUCUGCUACACUGCCCACUUCAACACCUACCUGGUCCUCAUCAUGUGCAACUCCGUCAUCGACCCGCUCAUCUACGCCUUCCGGAGCCCGGAACUGCGCAACACCUUUAAGGAGAUUCUCUGUGGUUGCAAGCGCAUGAACUCGAGAUAG